AUGCAAAACAAACACACAGAUGAAUCAUUAGAAACACCUUACACAUCGCUACGUCAAUUAUCAAGUGUUUUAGCAAGUCAAGCUACAAGGCCAUCACCCUUAAUAGCACGGAAAACACCGGUUUCUACACGUAGAACACUAAGUCAGAAUGAAAGGAAUAUUUUAAAGGCCGGUUUGACGCCAAAAAGUAUCACAAAAAACCCACCAACACCUCAUACUGCACGCGCGCUACAAAAAGCUGCGACACCUCGCCAAAGUGCUAGGAAAGUGCUAAAGCGUAAGAAAUCAUAUGACACUCCUCAAGAUAUAUUAAGAAAAUUAAGCCGAGCACUUCCACUUUAUUCAGAAGAAACUAAAACAAAUACUUAUUCAUUGCAAAAUGAACUUGAAAACACAUAUGAAAUAAAUGGCUUAGAUGAAGAAAUAGAAGAUAUAGAACCACCAAAUAUUAACAUUCCGGAACCAGAAAUUUCAUCAGAUGAUAUUUCUCAACCUCAUCUUUCUAUUCCUUUAGAUCAAGAAUAUACAGUGCAAUCAAUAGAAAUCGGUAGAAGAACUGAAAUGAAAAAACUAAAUGAUCGAUUAAGUCUUGAAAAAGAUAGUGACCAUAUUAUCAUUUAUCAUGAACAAGGACUAGGUGAUACAUCUUUUAACGAAUUUACUCUUCAAAACGAUAUGUUGGAGUCAGAAAACCUCUUUAAAGAUGAUCUAACGUCAGGUUUCAAUAGAAGCAAUAUGAUUGAGGAUGAUUCAACCCAUCUAAAAAUUAACUUCAUAAACGAAAAAACACCAACAAUUGCUGAAACAAUAUCAUUUAAAGAUAUGCAUCCAGAACUUUCCCUUCCUGAACAUACAAAAUCUACUAUGAAACCUCCUUCAAAGUCAUCAGUCCGUUCUAAUAAAUCAAAAAUUCAAAAACUUUCACGAUAUGGAAUCCCAUUGCCUUCAUUACCGAGCGCAUUUGUUAAACAACUAGUAGCCAAUUUUACAACAUCAAAAAUAUCUAAAGAUGCACUUAAAGAAAUCAUUUUAGCAUCUGAUCAAUUUUUUGAACAAGUCUCAGAAGACUUGGAAGCCUUUGCAGCGCAUGCUGGACGAAAAACAAUAGAGGAUUCAGAUGUUAUACAACUUAUGAGAAGGUAG